CUAUACACUAAUAUGUGCGGGGGUCAUCCCGUGUGACGGCUUAAAAAAAUCGAUUUUUUUUUUUGCAUAAAUCUAAUCUAGAGCAUGCAUAGAAUAUACUGGCAAAGUAAUUUUCCGAAAUUCGAAGUCAUUGAAAAGUUACAGCAGUAAGAAGAUAAGGUGUUUAAGCACACAGCUGAGCGCUCGACGGGGCAGGAAACAAGAGCUAUUGUAUACCUUCGGACUCUUAUCUGAAGCCGAUUCUAUUCACACGCACAUAUACGCACAUAUAUUUAGAGGGGUGCUGCUAUCCUGAAACUCAAAUUGAAUGUAAUGGUUGCUUAGUUUUGGCUUCGCAGUCAGCGGCGCAACAGCUCUUGAGUCGUUGUAAGCAGUAAUAUUGUACCGUGCAAGUGUUUCAAGUUUACGAUGAGUGACAGGAAAGGAACAAGAGAAACUCGCGCUCAUGCUGAGCGAAGAAAGAAGAGAAAAUUUCCAGGAAACCGUUAUACGUUGGAAAAUGAUCUGGAUUAUACGUCGGCAUCAGCGAAGAAACUGCUUGGAAGCAUGAACCUGGAAGUGCCUGUUGCUUCGAACUUUGCGUACUGUAUCUUAGAAUUUGCAUCUGUGUUUUCGGCAAUUUCAGCAAAUGUUAUAUGCAAAGAGUGUAAAAAUGACGUGACCUUUAGUCAGACGAUUUUACGAGGCUUGGGUUUUAAAAUUCUUAUGUCGUGUAAGUGCAGUACAGAUAAAACGAUAAACUCGGGCCCAAUGAUUCAAAAUGCUUUUGAAAUUAAUCGGCGCUUCGUUUUUGCGAUGCGGUUGUUAGGUGUUGGCCACGAAGGAGCGAAUCUUUUCUGCAGUUUAUUGGACAUUUGUCAAGGUAUAGGAAACUCGACAUAUACCGCGCUUUUGGAAAAUAUUCACACAGCCGCAUCUGCAGUAUAUGAGUCCGUUCUAUCCUUUGCUGCCACACAAGAAAAAAAUAUGAAUGAAGAAGCUGGGAAGCCGCAAAUUGAAUUAACAGUUUCCGGAGAUGGAACUUGGAAAAAACGCGGCUUUUCAUCUCUAUUUGGAGUAUCGACGUUAAUUGAAAAGUAUUCUGGGAAAGUGAUAGAUGCGAUGGUUAUGAAUAGUUUUUGUGGUGCUUGUAAUCUGUGGAAAAAGUUAAAAAAUACUGAACCAGAGAAAUACGAGGCAUGGUAUGCAGAUCAUGAAUCUGAGUGUUCGAUAAAUCACACAGGUAGUUCCGGUAAAAUGGAAAUUGAUGCCAUUAUCGCAAUGUUUUUACGCUCGAUCGAAAAACACGGCGUGAAAUAUUUGACGUAUGUCGGCGACGGUGACAGCAAGACAUUCAAUGGCAUUUUAAAAGCUGAGCCUUAUGGUAAUGACUCUCCUGUUAUUAAAAAAGAGUGUGUUGGGCAUGUUGAGAAACGGAUGGGAACACGACUCCGAAAUGUUAAAAAGAAUAAUAAAGGUAUUGGUGGCAAAGGUCAGGGCAAGCUAACGGACAAGCUAAUUAUUGAAAUGACAAAAUGUUAUGGCUUAGCCAUUCGUCGCCAUCCCGAUUCAUUAGAAGAAAUGAAGAAAGAAGUUUGGGCCACAUUCUACCACAAAUGCUCUACCGAUGAAAAUCCUCAGCACCAGAACUGUCCAGCAGGCGAAGGUAGCUGGUGUAAAUGGCGGCAGGCUGAAGCUAAGAGCACGCUCGACCAAUUCCACCACGAGAAGGCCCCUUUAUCCAAGGAAGUACAAGCAGUAGUUAAAUCUAUCUAUGAAGAUUUAUCCAAGGACGAUCUUUUGACCCGAUGUUUAGGAGCAGAGACGCAGAAUAAUAAUGAGUCGUUAAAUUCACUCAUUUGGACGUUCGCUCCGAAACAUCUACAUUCAGGCGCUCAGAUAGUUCAGAUUGCAACUUUUUUGGCCGUCGUCAUCUUGAAUGAAGGCUUCCAAGGCAUUAUUAAGAUAAUGCAUACGAUGGGCUGUUCAAUUGGACGAUCAGCGCACGCUUAUGUAGAGCGCCGCGACAAAGCCCGGAUCAGCCGUUCCGAGCAGCGCAUGAGCGACGCGGCAAGAGAAGUUAGAAUUUCAGCCAGGGAGGAGCAGUCGGCCUUACGAAAUUUACAAGAAGAAGAGGAAGGGAUACUCUAUGCACCAGGAAUAGCAGAUUAGUGAUAAACCAGUCUGCCGGAAUCGUGGGCACCGUUUGUCUACUUUUUUUUACAUGGGUGCCAUUCCAGUGAUGUGAUGUAAUGAUAAUGAUGUAACUCGCCAUCGACGCCAUAUUUUUAAAUAAAAAAAUUUACACAUAUAG